GUCAUAUCAGGCGCAUUGCAGUCACGCAUCUCAACACUGAACUGUAUAAACUCCCCUCCAUGCCUGGAAAACCUCCAGCUAGGUCCCCGAUAAUUUCCUUGGUCUCCGUCAUCUUUGAUUUUCUCUUCUGUAAUCCUUCCCCAGACAAAUAGAUACAAUGACAUCUCUAGACCCCCCCUCAAGCACCACGAUACCAUCCAUUGAUCCCCAUGCCCUUGCUCCGGGAGACCCUCCCUCGCCAUCUUCGUCCCCACCAGCUGCCUCUCAACCCCCACCAAAUUCCCCUCUCUUCAAGCAUCUCCGCAUCCUCAUCCUCCGCCACCUCUCCUGCACAGAUCGAACCCUCCUCCGCCUCUCCCGCCUCUUCAGUUCGCCCUCCUCCACAGACGCCCUCCUGUGCACCCUAGGCUACACGCUCGAACUCCUCUCUUCGCUGCUCUCCAAAGCCCUGUCUACCCGUCUAACCACCCUCGCCAGCACCCUCGCCACAAACGCAUCCUCCAUCAUCCUCCCCGGCGAAACACUCAUCGCCACCAUCCCCGCCCCACCAAGUGCGAAACUCCUAGCCCAAGCUGCCCGGACUUCCAAAGCGCUCGCAGUAGUAAUCUCCGACUACCGCAUCUUCGUGCGGCUCUGGGGAAUCAUUGGGAUAUACUCCUGGGCGCGAGAUACUUACCACUCCGGGCUCCAGUCCCCAUCAUCCAACACCAGCAACCAGCCAUCCAGCUGGACCAAAGACAGGCUCCUCCGAGCAAUACCCUACGCCCAGAUCCUCUCCUGCGCCGCCUUCCAAAUCCUCGAAAACGGCGCCUACCUCUCCUCCAAAAACAUCCUCACUUCAUCCUCCUGGUCCGGGGAAGCAGGGAAAGCUAGGGAGAAUAGGUGGUGGAUACUCUCGUCCCGGUUCUGGGCCCUCCACGUCGCGCUUGAGUUUUUAAGACUUUACCUGCAGAUGCAGAUCUUGCCGGUCACGUGCGCUCCUAAAUCUAGCUCCAAUUCCCCCAUCGAGGAUGAUGACAACGAAAAAGAUGCCAAGAUUCGGGGGCGUGAGCGACAGUGGCUAUGGAUGCGUGAUCUGUUAUCAAAUAUCGCGUAUUUCCCGAUGACGAUACAUUGGAGUCUGGAGAAGGGAUUGUUGGGGGAGACUUGGGUUGCAGGGUUAGGAGCUGUGGCAGGUGGUGUGUUGUUGGUGGAUGCUUGGAGAGGGACU